GCUUCAUAUCAAACAAACAUCUUGUAAGGAAUUCAAGUGUGUCAGAAGAUACUACUGAACAAAACAUCAGCCAUGUCUGGAGUCAAAGGAGGCCGCAGCCAGUGCCAACAGAAGACUUACUGCCCAGAUCCAUGCCAGCCACAAGUCCUCUGCAAAGAUCCAUGCCAGCCUCAAGUUGUCUGCAAAGAUCCAUGCCAACCUCAAGUUGUCUGCAAAGAUCCAUGCCAACCUCAAGUUGUCUGCAAAGAUCCUUGCCAACAUACCAUAUGCCAUGACCCCUGCCAACCUGCCCAACAUUUCCACUGCCAAACUGUGCAUUGUACCCAAAAAGUUCACUAUGACCCAUGCCAUUCCUGCCAUCCUUGGCAAUUCCAUGGAAAGCACUGAAUAUUCCCACAUUUUUUUAGCAUGAGCUGAGUAGUUCAUUAGUCCACAAAGGCCUUCGGAUCUUCCAGUCCUACUAUCGCUUUUUCUGUCAUAGCUGUCUUAGUGCUUGCUUUUGCAUGUAUCUGUACUGAAUAUUGAUGUUACAUUAAAUUAUCCAGCUUUGGCAUACCUUGGUUUGUAUUUUUCAACAAAAAUAAUUGCUAUUUAGAGCAAUAUGCAAAUGGACACACAUCCAGAUAAGGAUAGCAAGUAUGUCUGCAUAGUCUUUCUAGGAAACUGUAUGUGCUGUGAAUAGACGCAGAGUUUUCAGCAUACCUCCCAACUGUCCUGUUUUUCGUGGGACAGUUUCGAUUUUGAC